AAGAUAUCGUGUUCUCAGUAAGACUACUUGAAAUCAUAGCUGACUCAUCAAAUCAUAAAUGAACCCUACCCAGAUAAGAUACCUCUAUGUCUCUAUAUUUUAAUGUUACAAUAAUAUUCACACAAACUCUCAUUUUCUUAGUUAUUUUUGUGUAUGUCAAGUCAAAUACCUAUAACGGUCUUGAGGGACAGCACAGGAGUGGAAUCCCACAGACAAGAGUCUCCUCUCUGCAGAGACGCUCACAACAUUGUUGCCUGGAUUUACUUGGAUGGAUGUAAUGGAAAGAAAGGAAAUAAGCCAUGACAUGAUUGACUGAACCAUUUUUGCUUAAGUGGAGGAUUUUCAUGACAGUCCCAACCAGAGACAGACUGAGAGCUGGAUCCAUUUUCUUCAGUGGAUUCUGUGCUUUUAAAAGCCACAAAUAUUUGGAAUUUAUCAUAAGGAGAGAUUUUUUUUUUUUAAAGCAACUUGAACAACAAGGUAGUUUUAGCCAUGGAAGAGAGUGGGGUGUCCCGCCGGGUUCACAGGAGGAUCCUGGAUGAGGGAGCCGUGGAGGAGAUUGCAGUAAAGUCUGACUCAGACGUGUCUCUGUGUGAGAAGGUCAAAAAGUCAAUGAGGUGUUCUGGUCCUCGGUUAAAAAAAUGCCUGCUGCAGAGAGUUCCUGUGUUAUCAUGGCUGCCUCGUUACUCGAUCAGAGACAACGCCCUUGGAGACCUGAUCUCUGGAAUCAGUGUGGGGAUCAUGCAGCUUCCACAGGGUAUGGCCUACGCCUUGCUCUCGUCUGUUCCUCCAGUCUUUGGUCUUUACUCCUCCUUCUAUCCUGUGCUCAUCUACUUCAUCUUCGGCACAUCCAAGCACAUCUCAGUAGGAACAUAUGCAGUGAUGAGUGUGAUGAUAGGGGGCGUGACAGAUCGAUUAGCCCCCGACUCGGACUUUAUGAUAUGGGACAAUGUGACCAACUCCAGUAUAAUUGAUACUGUCCUCAGGGAUGAAGCGCGAGUCAAAGUGGCUGUAACUGUCACCUUAAUGUCUGGAUUAUUUCAGAUUCUGCUCGGUCUGCUCCAGUUUGGUUUUGUGGUGACAUAUCUGUCCGAUCCCCUGGUCAGAGGUUACACCACAGGAGCCGCCAUCCACGUCAUUGUGUCCCAGCUCAAAUACACCUUUGGCAUCAGCCCUUUAAGAUACAGUGGACCACUGUCACUGAUAUAUACUGUGAUAGAGAUCUGUUACCUCAUACCACAGACAAACAUCGGUACACUUGUGGUUAGUAUCGUCGCCAUAGUUUGCCUUAUCCUCGCCAAGGAGCUCAAUGCACUCCUGAGUAAAAAACUCCCUGUUCCAAUACCCGUGGAGCUGCUCGCUAUCAUUAUUGCAACAGUCAUCUCCUGGCAAGUUAACUUAGAAGGCAAAUAUGGAGUCGAUGUGGUGGGAGAUAUUCCCUCAGGUCUCCAGGCACCUGCUUUCCCACCUACCUCUCUGUUUGGUCAGGUGAUCGGAGACGCCUUUGCCCUGGCUGUGGUCGGCUAUGGCAUUGCCAUCUCACUGGGGCGGAUCUUCGCCCUGAAAUAUGGCUACAAGGUGGACAGCAACCAGGAACUAAUCGCUCUGGGUCUGAGUAACACUGUGGGAGGGAUCUUCCAGUGUUUCGCCAUCAGCUGCUCCAUGUCUCGCUCCAUGGUUCAGGAGAGCACGGGAGGGAAAACUCAGGUUGCUGGAGCUUUGUCAGCGAUAGUCAUACUUAUUAUUGUGCUUUGGAUCGGGGUUCUCUUUGAAACUCUACCCAAGGCAGUGCUGGCUGCCAUCAUCUAUGUCAACCUCCAUGGCAUGAUGAAGCAGUUCCUGGACAUCCCUGCACUGUGGAAAAAAAACCGAGUUGACGCGGUGAUCUGGGUGGCCACCUUCAUCCUCACCCUGCUGUUGAACCCUGACAUCGGGCUGGCUGCUUCCAUCGGCUUCUCCAUGCUCACUGUCAUCUUCAGGACCCAGCUACCUAAAUAUUCCCUGUUAGGCCAGGUCCCAGACACUGACAUUUACAGACCAAUGGAAGACUACGUUCAGGUGCAGCAGGUGCCAGGGAUUUUAAUCUUCCGUUCCUCUGCCACACUCUACUUUGCCAAUGCUGAGAUGUAUCAAGAUGCUCUGAGGAAGAAGUCGGGCAUCGAUGUUGCCAAAAUCCUGUCGGCAAAGAAGAAGCUUGAGGCAAAAAGGAAGCGAAUUGAAAAGAAAAACGCCAAGAAAACACAGGAGGGCGGCGAAAAAGAGGAACAAGAGCAAAACAUUGCUGUCAUUGAAAUGAAUGCUGAACCUUCGCCCUCGCUCCCAAGAGCCAUCAUUCUGGACCUCAGCCCUGUCAACUUCCUGGAUACUGUGGGAGUCAAAGCACUAAAAAGUAUCCACAAAGACUAUGGAGAAACUGGAAUAGAGGUGAUUCUUGCCGGCUGCCAAACCAGUGUAGUGGAAGACCUGCAGACCGGAGGAUUCUUUCACGAUGACGUGACAAAAUCCUGUCUGUUCUCCACUGUCCACGAUGCUGUUUUGUACUGUCAGUCUGCCAAUGAACAAUAUGAGGUCAUCAAAGAGGCAGAGCUUUGAGGCCUGAGAGGGAAGAUGGAUAAUAUUAUGAAACAUAACAAUAUCUUUAAAAAAAACAAAAAUGUGAAUUCAGCCUGGGACACGUGGGCUUAUGGAUUUAUUUUCCCAAAUGAUUUCAUGAAUUGCAAGUGUGUGAGCAGACAGAGUUUUGUCCCAGCCUCAUGCUUUAUUCACAUUCAGUCUAGUAUUUUUGAAUGCAUUUAGGCCUUCCAUCUACAUGUAAACACUGAGCUAAAGUGGAGAUUUUGACUCAGGUGCACAUCAGAGUAGCCAGUGCUUGACUAUUAUUGAUACAAAUGUAAAACGAAAACAAUAUUUGUUCUUUGCUGUGUUAAAAAAGUUUCCCGUAAAAACAUUGUCGACUCCAAGCGCUUAAGUACAUAUGCCAGGACUGUAAGUUUAGCUGUAACGUUACACCAAACACAGAGAUGAAGACGUUGUACACGUUACAGAUAUAAUAACAGAAACAGAGACAGGAUGAACCGAGACAGUGGAAAGACAGGGACAUAAUGUCAUAAUGUUUGUAUACGUUUAUGUUUCGUGCUAUUUCUGUGUGCAUAUUUAACGACUUUACAGACCUUUUUCAAAAAAGCAACUACCUAGCAAUCUUGUAUUUUAAGAUUCCACAUUUUUUUACCCCCGUGUGUGAAAUCUCUAAAGACAGGAGUGUUCUAGUGAUAUCUAGCAUUUCAGGUUGACUUUAGUAACUUUUCAUAAGUAUUAGUUUGUCAAACUGUCUCAAACAUCUCCAAACACAAGACAAUGAAUGGCAGUGGAAGAUAAAGCUGGGAAUAUGACAUCAUUGUUUUCAGCUCUGCAUACUGUCAUGAAAAAAGAGCCAACGAGCAAUUAUUUGCCUUUAAAGCAUAUCAAUAAUGUUUGUAACAUGUGUGGUAAUGAUUUCUUUAUGAAAAGUUAGAAGCAGAUUAAGAAUCUGACAUUAUACAUGCAAAAAUACAUUUGUUUAAUAAAAGUAUUCCUUCUGUUCAUUUC